AUGACCUCGCCGUCGAUAAACACAUGGACAGCAGACAAUAUAUUAAGGCUGGCUGGAGCUACCGAUGAUUCCGUGGUAGAGUUUUGUGUUGCGUCUGCAAAGGCAGCGAAGUCUGCAAAUGCUUUGGCAGUUGAACUAGAAGAUUUUGGACUUGAUUCUUCUGAUGUAAGAAAGUUUGCAAGUGAACUCUUUGACCGUGUAAAUGCCAAUACCAAAAACUCAUUAAAACCAAAUGGAAAGUCUACCAAACCUGUUGGAUCAUCCAUUGCUACGCAAUAUGAGUUUAUAGACGAGCCAAGUCAGGAAAAAGACAGUAAAACUCGAGGCAGCGAUUCGAGGCGCGAAUGGGACAACGACACAUCUCAAUCUAAGCGAUUCAAAUCUAGUAGAGAGUCAUCCAGAUCUUUCUCUGAAGAUCAGGUGAGAAGCGAUCGGUAUAAGACUGGUUCUAAGAGUUAUAGACGUCGGAAAUAUGAAGAGUCGGACUCAGAAUCAGAGUCCGAAUCGGAGUCCGAAUCGGAAUCAGAGUAUAUGUCAGAGUCUGAGCCUAAAAAUAAGGAUGAACUUAUAUCUGAGAACCCUUCUGGAAAUAGUUUAGAAGAGAAAGCUGUUAACGAUGAGGCUCGCAGUGGAGGUGAUGGCCAAGAAACGGUUGAACAGGACAAUAUGGACGAUGCUAAAGAACGAGAUGCAUUUGCUGAACGAUUAAAACAAAAAGAUUUGCAUAAUUUAUCACGCAAGGAACACAGCACCCAAUCUCAGACUGCUACUCGUGAAGAGAUUUCCGAGUUGCGAAAAAUUGCUCGUCAAAAAUAUUUGUCCAAACGUGAGGAGGAGAAAUUGAUACUCCUUGAGCGAGAAGUGGCCGAGCUUGAAGAAGAUGUUAGGAAGUAUGGAUGGGAACAGCUUACUGAUAGAGAGCGUAAGGAUAUAGAAUACAAGAGAGAGAUACUUGCUAUAGCAAAAGAGCGGAAACAGAUUGAUAGAGGAACUGAUGGUUAUCAGUUGCCAGAAGACUACAUUACGGAAAAGGGACGCAUCGACAAGCAAAGGAAAGAACACAUACUUCACAAGCGUUACAUAGACGAUAACCGCAUUACAGAACGAAAAGUUAUCAAUGAUGGGGAUAGCUGGGAAAAUGAACAGGCUGCCAGAGCACUUGCUAGAAGAACCAAACGUGAAUCCGAGAAAUCAGUCCCCGAAUAUGAAUAUGUAUUUGACGAGUCGCAGAAUAUCAAAUUCAUUGCUGAUAAUAUUGGAAGAGUAGAGACAAAAUCGAAAGAACAGCUUGAAUUUGAACUUCGAGUAAAAGAAGAAGAAACACGAGUCAAAACAAUCGAAGAGACUCGAAAAUCAUUACCUGUAUACCAAUAUCGAGAAGAAUUGCUGAAUGCCAUAGAACAACACCAGGUUCUUAUUGUUGUUGGUGAAACUGGUUCUGGUAAAACGACCCAGCUCCCUCAAUUCUUGCACGAAGCCGGAUAUACAAAUGGCGGUAAAAUGGUUGGAUGCACACAACCACGGCGUGUAGCAGCUAUGUCAGUAGCUGCUCGUGUAGCAGAUGAAGUAGGAUGCAAACUGGGUAACGAAGUUGGGUAUACCAUUCGUUUCGAAGACAAAUCUAGCGACAAAACCGUACUCAAAUAUAUGACUGAUGGUAUGCUUCUAAGAGAAUUUUUAACUGACCCAGAGUUGUCGUCAUACUCAGCGCUAAUGAUUGAUGAAGCUCAUGAACGUACACUACAUACUGAUAUCCUUUUUGGACUGGUGAAAGAUAUCGCUAGGGCUCGACCAGAACUACGACUAUUGAUCUCAUCAGCUACAAUGGAUGCAGAAAAAUUUUCUAAAUAUUUUGAUGAUGCGCCAAUUUUUAAUAUUCCUGGUAGAAGAUUUAAUGUUGAUGUUCACUAUACGACUCAACCGGAAGCAAAUUAUCUUCACUCUGCCAUAACUACCGUGUUCCAAAUUCAUACCACCCAGCCUAAAGGUGACAUUCUGGUGUUUUUAACAGGCCAAGAUGAGAUUGAGACCGCGGCUGAAAAUUUAGCAGAGACAAGCAAAAAACUGGGGUCCAAAAUCCCUGAGAUGAUCAUCUGCCCUAUUUAUGCUAAUCUGCCACCAGAUCUACAGUCGAAAAUCUUUGACCCUACGCCAGAAGGUGCCCGAAAAGUUGUUCUGGCAACCAAUAUCGCCGAAACUUCGAUCACUAUUGACGGAAUUGUUUAUGUCAUUGACCCUGGUUUCGUCAAGGAAAAUGUGUUCAACCCACGAACUGGUAUGGAGAGCCUAGUUGUUAGCCCUUGCUCACGAGCAAGUGCGGACCAACGUGCUGGAAGAGCUGGAAGAGUUCAAGCUGGUAAAUGCUUUCGACUGUUCACUAAGUGGUCUUUUUUUAACGAGCUUCCUCGUAACACGACCCCAGAAAUCCUCAGAUCAAAUCUCUCCAGUGUAGUACUGUUGCUAAUGUCUCUUGGUAUUAACGAUAUCCUCAAUUUUGAUUUCAUGGAUUCGCCGCCAAAUGAAUCAUUGAUCAAGGCACUCGAACAGCUAUAUGCACUGGGAGCAUUGAACGAUAGGGGCGAAUUAACUAAGCUGGGAAGACAAAUGGCAGAAUUCCCCACUGACCCAAUGCUGGCCAAGGCUAUUCUGGCUAGCGAUAAAUACAACUGCGUUGAUGAAGUACUCUCAAUUGUUUCGAUGGUCGGCGAAUCCGGAUCUUUGUUUUAUAGGCCGAAAGACAAAAAACUGUUUGCUGAUAAAGCAAGGGAAGCAUUUACAAGACCUGGCGGUGACCAUCUCACACUUCUCGAAAUAUGGAAUCAGUGGGUAGACACCGAGUAUUCUUAUCAGUGGGCACAGGACAACUUUUUGCAGUAUAAGAGUCUUUCCAGAGCACGCGACGUACGGGACCAGUUAGUCAGGUUAUGCGACCGAGUAGAAGUCGAGGUAAGAAGUGGUGGUUCUGGCGGAGAAAGCCUAGUCAAUAUUCAAAAAGCUAUUACAUCAGGAUUUUUCCCCAACUCAGCGAGAUUGAAUCGAAGUGGUGAUAGCUACAAGUCUGUCCGACUAAACCAAACUGUACAUAUACAUCCGUCAAGUGUAGUAUUUCCCGUGAAACCCAAAUGGCUUAUCUAUCAUGAACUGGUUUUAACCAGCAAAGAGUUCAUGAGAAACUGUAUGCCGAUAGAACCUGAAUGGUUAGUCGAGCUGGCCCCCCACUUUUACAAAGGAAAACAGAUCGAAGAGCUUGGCGGUAACAAAAAAUUACCAAAGGGCCAAGGAAGGUCGGGAUGA